UCGUUAUUAUUGUGUAACAUCCGGUAUUUUCACUAUUUGCCAACUUUCACUUUCUGUUUCUGCACUGGUUUCUGUCUCCUGGCUGAGUAGAACACUAAUUAGAGUACGCAGUCUACUGUAGAUGUACCGCAGAUGAAGAUUAUUUAUCAUAGUAUAAGAACAUUGUGGAGAUCUCAAAGUUUGACAUUUGCUCGUUAUAAAUACCUAACAACAAUGUCUGCCAAUAAUGCCAGAAACCUAGAACAGCCUAAUCCUAUCAUUGGAGUAUGUCAAUUGACCUGUACAGUGGAUAAAGACAAAAAUUUCCAGAUUUCUAGAAGUUUGAUAGAAAGGGCAAAGAACAAAGGUGCAAAGGUUAUAUUUUUACCAGAAGCAGUAGAUUAUAUUGGCGAAUCUAAACAACAGAGUAUAGACAUGGCAGAGGAUCUUGAUGGUAUAACUAUAUCCAAAUAUCAAGAUUUAGCAAAGCAGCUAGGAGUAUGGAUAUCUGUUGGGGGAUUCCACCAGAAGGUUAAAGAUGAGAAAAGAGUGCUGAACACACAUGUGAUGAUAGAUAACAAUGGUGAGAUAAAAUCUACCUACAAUAAAACUCAUUUAUUUGACCUUGACAUACCAGGGAAGGUUAGACUAUGUGAGAGUGAUUAUACUGUUCCUGGGGACACAAUGGUAUCACCAGUGGAAACACCUGUUGGGAAAGUUGGACUCUCUAUUUGUUAUGAUUUAAGAUUUCCAGAAAUGUCUACAGCUUUAGCUAAAGAAGGAGCAGAUAUACUAACAUAUCCCUCAGCAUUCACAGUCCCAACAGGGAUGGCUCACUGGGAAGUUUUACUACGAAGUAAAGCUAUAGAGACACAGUGUUAUGUGGUAGCAGCAGCUCAGACUGGUAAACAUAAUGAAAAAAGACAAUCCUAUGGUCAUGCUAUGGUAGUAGACCCAUGGGGAGCAGUAAUUGCACAGUGUAAAGAAGGUACAGAUGUCUGUGUAGCAGAAAUAGAUCUUUCCUAUCUCAAAAGUGUCAGAGCCAAUAUGCCAAUAUGGAGUCAUAGAAGACCAGACUUAUAUGGAGAAAUACAAAAUUUAUCAAAAAGUACAGGCUGUUGUAUUGAUAAUGAAGAGAAGUAUCAGUUUGGACAUUGUUGGAUUAAAAACAACCAAGUUUUCUAUAAAACAAAAUUAAGUUAUGCUUUUGUGAAUAUAAAACCAGUUCUUCCUGGUCAUGUACUAAUUGCCUCUUUAAGACCAGCAGAGAGACUGUGUGACUUGUCACCCACAGAAAUAUCAGAUAUGUUCAACACAGUUCAAACUGUAUCCAAUGUAAUCAAAAAACAUUUCAAUGGGACAUCAUUGACAGUUGCUGUUCAGGAUGGGAAAGAUGCUGGACAAACAAUUAAGCAUGUUCAUGUUCACAUCCUACCAAGAAGAGAGCAAGAUAUACCAAAAAAUGAUGAUAUAUAUCAUGAGCUUGAAAAGCAUGAUAAGGUCAUGUUACAGUCUGACAUGAGAUCUGAAGAAGCGAUGGAGAAAGAAUCAAGUGAAUUACGAAAGUAUUUCAACUCCUAAAAUGGAAAAGCCAAUGGACACUUGUUGCAAUACAUUAGUGUUACUUAAUUGAUCUCACUUAUUCAGAUCUUCUUUUUAUUAAACAGAAAUAAAAAUGAACAUGUAAAAGGAUAAUAGCUUUGCCCUUUUCAUCUUAAGGAACCCAUCACCUUAGAUUAAGGAUAAGUGGUAAUUGUUAAGUCAGUAUAACUUUGACUCACUUUAGAUAACCCGGGUUAGGAUAAGAACUAGGGAUAGUAAGUUUAGAUUCAUGUAUGGACAUGGUUUGCAAAGAUAAAUGAAGGUCAUGAUAUCUACAAUGAAGAAAAUUUCCAGAAUUUGUAUCCAUUAUUAAAACAUUCAUAUGUAUUGAAGCAAGUAAUAUAGCAUCGGGUUGUCCUUAAGUUGGUAAUUCGUCAGUAUGUCCAUUCCAACCGUCCAUCCUUUCAUCCAACUUUUGUAUCCACAACUGCUCCUGAACCCCUUGGCAGACUAUGGUGAAACUUUCACAAAGUCUUACUCAUAUUAUGUUUUUCUUGCAUCUAUUUUAUUUCUUUAUACAAAUGACUUUUGGGGUUCUUUUUGGCAUUACAUGAACUUAUUCAUAUCUCAUACAGUACACUUUUGUAUCUGCUUCUCAUCUUAUUAGAAUGUAAUUAAACUUUCCCAGAAUCUUUACCAUUGUGCACUUCCUUUUUUUUUAUCUAAAUGAUUUUAAGGGUUCCCAAACAAAUCAUAGAGUUUGUCAUUAUUUGACAUGUGUGUAUGUUUGGGGUUACCCAUUUUGUAUAAGCAACUCCUCCUAAACACCUUAAUAGAAUUUACUUAACCUUUUGAAAACAAUAUGCUGCAAUUGUGCACCUCAAAUCAUAGACUUUGUCAUUGCUUAAGUGGGUGGCUAGGGGUAUCAUUUUGUGAGCUUUGGUUACAGUAUAUCUUGUUUUUAUUAAAACUAAGAUAGAAUUUUUUAAUUGAUUUUCAACCAUACACCUCUCUUUUCUCUAACCAACAAUGCUGAAAAUGAACAAUAAAGAAAAAUGUACAGCACAUUAGGUUGAUCUAGCUCCAGAAUUUUCUCAAUUUUUAAACAGAAGAAUAAAAUUUAAAAAAUGAUAAUUUAAUGUAAUCAGAUUUUAUUUAGUGUUGCAUUAUAAAAGUGGAUAUUAGUAAAAGUGUCAUUAUUUUAUAAGCAGGCUUUAUAAAGAUUUUAAGGAUACAAAAACUAUCAUCCAAUGAUGGUUAUAUUCUUUGUUAAAGAUGUACAUGAGAAUAUUCCAUUUUAUUGCAGCUUUAGCAAUAAAAAUUUGAAAAUAA